UGAAGGAGGCCCUCAGACUGGCACCAUGACAGAGUGCUUUGACUGUGACAACUGCAAGGAGUCCUUGUAUGGCCGCAAGUACAUCCAGAUGGACAACGGCCCCUACUGCAUCCCCUGCUACGAUGCCCACUUUGCCAACACCUGCGAUGAGUGCAAAGAGCUGAUCGGCCACGACUGCAGAGAGCUGUACUAUGAGGAUCGCCAUUACCACGAGCACUGCUUCCGCUGCUUCCGCUGUGACCGCUCCCUGGCUGAUGAGCCCUUCACCUGCCAAGGAGAGGAGCUGCUGUGCAAUGACUGCUACUGCAGCGAGUUCUCCUCCAAAUGCAUUGCCUGCGAGAAGACAGUCAUGCCAGGAUCCCGUAAGCUGGAGUACAACGGACAAACCUGGCAUGAGCACUGCUUCAUAUGCAGCAGCUGCCAGCAGCCCAUCGGCUCACGGUCCUUCAUCCCAGACAAGAAGGAUUAUUACUGUGUGCCCUGCUAUGAGAGCAAGUUCGCUCCUCGCUGCACCCGUUGCAAAAAGACCCUGACCAAGGGAGGAGUGACUUACCGGGAUGAGCCUUGGCACAAGGAGUGUUUCGUCUGCACGGGCUGCAAGACCCCCCUGGCUGGCCAGCAGUUCACCUCCCAGGAUGACAACCCCUACUGCAUCAAGUGCUUUGGGAACCUCUAUGCCAAGAAGUGCAGUGCCUGCACAAAGCCCAUCACAGGCUUUGGUGGUGGUAAAUACGUCUCCUUUGAGGACCGUCACUGGCACCACAAUUGCUUUAACUGUGCCCGCUGCAACACCUCGCUGGUGGGGAAGGGCUUCAUCCCUGACAACGAUGAGAUCCUGUGCCGCGACUGCAGCAGCGACCUAUGAGCCUCCGAGGACACCGUGGGGCAGGGGCUUUCUCUUUCUUCAGGGUCUUUGUGCCAGAUACCCCAACAACACUGCAGGGGCAGGGCACAAGGCACAGGAGAUGGGGGCUGACCCCGAACCACGGUGUGUUCAGGGGGUUCCUGUGCCCCUCCUGAAGGCUAGAGUACGCUAUGCUGUGGCUCUGUGCAGAGCCAAAGCUAAAUAAAGUUGAAAAAGGAGCUUCAAGAUCCCCCCCCCGCCAUUAUUUACUCUUUCCUUUUGCUUCCUGUCUGACCAGGCACAAGCUGAGCCCAGGGCCCCAGCUGAGCAAAGGGCAGCAGCAGCUUCAGUGUUGCGCUGCUGGAUCUGCACGCUGGCAGCAUGUAUUUGCUCCUCCUGGCACAGUGCUGACUUUUCUCUUCUCCCCAUGUGCUUCCCUUGCUCUGUGUGAUACAAGGCAGCAGCUCC